CGGAGUCGGAGCCGGCGCCACAGCAACCGCGGAACGCGGACCCCGGCCUCCAGCCUCUGGUCGGCUCCGGUCCCGGGAUGGCGCCCAAGCCCCCCGGCUCCGUCCUCGAGCUCCGCGCCGCCGGCAACGAAAGCUUCCGCAGCGGCCAGUACGCGGAGGCCGCCGAACUCUACGGCCGGGCCCUCGACGCGCUGCAGGAGACAGGUCCGGCCAACCCUGAAGAAGAGAGUGUCCUCUAUUCCAACCGAGCAGCUUGCCACUUGAAGGAUGGAAACUGUACUCAUUGCAUUAAAGACUGCUCUGUUGCAUUGUCUUUGGUUCCUUUUGGCAUAAAACCCUUGUUAAGGCGGGCAGCGGCUUAUGAAGCAUUGGAAAAAUACCAGCUAGCCUAUGUGGAUUACAAGACAGUGUUGCAGAUAGACUGUACUCUGCCAGCUGCACAUGAUGGAGUCAACAGGAUGACCAAAGCUCUCAUGGACACAGAUGGGCUUGAGUGGCGUCUUAAGCUGCCUCCCAUCCCCUCAGUGCCAGUUGCAGCUCAAAAGAGGUGGGAAGCAGCUCCAGGGGGUGACCAUGAGAAGGCAGCCAAAAGCAAACUCAAAGAAGCCGACACCUUAAAGAACAAAGUGCCUACUGUUGGAGACAAAGAACGAGCCCGGGCCCUAAAGGAAGAAGGCAAUGAGCUGGUGAAAAAAGGGAAACAUAAGGAGGCUGCAGAGAAGUACAGUGAGAGUCUUAUGUUCAAUAGCAUGGAAUCUGCAACCUAUACUAACAGAGCCCUCUGCUAUUUGUCACUGAAGAAAUACAAAGAGGCUGUAAAGGACUGCACCGAGGCUCUCAAAUUAGACUCAAAGAACGUCAAGGCAUUUUACAGGCGUGCCCAGGCAUUCAAAGAACUCAAGGACUAUCAAUCCAGCCUUGAAGACGUCAACAGCCUCCUGAGUAUUGAGCCAGAGAACAGCGCCGCCGCCAAGCUGAGGCAGGAAGUCAACCGGAGCUUAAAAUAAAUAAAGUCCAGGAAGGGGCAGCAAACCUGCCUGAUUUCACUCGGAGAAGCUAAGGGCCUCUUUGUCUGCUCCAGGGCUGAGAGAAAGAGAGAGCGAGUGAGCCCUUUGACUCAGGCCAAAUAAGGCCCCAGGCCCAGCACCCCAGCUUCUCUCCUUGCACCCAUCUACACUCGGCUUUCUCCUCCUUCAGAAUCUUUGCUCACGCCAGAUCAGCCCAGCUUAGGGAGCCUGGCCUCCCCUUUUUGGCUUGCAAGGAUUCCAUCCUCUGUGCUACUCUUUCCUAAUGGUAAACUCAGUCUUCUUUACCCACUAA